AUGGCUGUUAACCAGACGCAUGUUCAUCCACAUUACACGUUGCCUGGUGUAAUGCAUUAUUUGCAAACAGAGUUCACCAAAAAUGAAAGAGAUAGAAUCACAUGGGAACUGGAAAGGUCGGAAAUGAAGGCAAGGAUUGCCAAGUUGGAGGGCGAGAACAGAGAUUUGAAGUACCAAUUGAACAACGUGCAGUCGAAAGCUGCUUUUGUUAAGGACGAAGGCGAAAAAAGAUCUGUGUCUGAUUCGCUGUUGAAAUCCAAGUUGGCUGUUCAAGAAAACGUCAAGGAGAUUAUCUAUUUGCUGAAGAGCCCCAAUGUGGUCAAUCAGCUGGAUUCAUUGCAUAGCAAAGACUCUGAUUCCCAUUUGCACGAUUUGGAGAGGCUGAACAUAAAUAGCUGCAAGGAGGGCAGUUUCAACACAAAUGGAAUGGACCUUUUGAAUAGUGCUCUCUCUGAUACCAAACCUAAACAGGAAAUUUCAACCGGAUCAUCCUCUACUAAAGUAGAAUCUCUGUUUGCUGUUGCCAAAAAGCAUGAAGAUAAAGGUGCAGUAUCUAAAAUUCAAUCCGAUUUGCCGAGAAUUGAUAUCAUCAGCUCUUACGGUGAUCAUAUGGCUCUUUACGAUGCAGAUACCAAAUCGUUGGAAAUCCACAAAGUGGAUGCCAGCUUGGGUUCCAAGUCUGUAAAGGGAAUGGUUAUGGAGCAAUGUGGUGAUAUUGUGAAAAUUUUCUGGGUUUCACCCUUAAAAUUUCUUGCCAUCGAUAAGAGUUUUCACUUGAAAUUAUUUUCAGUUUCUAAUGCAUCUUUGGUUUCGGAUUUGGAUCUGAUGCAAGGUUUAGACGAACCUCUUUCAUUUGGCGACGUCAUCAAUAUAGAUUUUAAGAGUAAAUUUUUAUUGAUAGCCGCUAACAGCAAACCACAUGUUCAUAUUUGGGAACUAAACAAUAUAGACGCUAUUGGCGACGUCCCAAUUGACAUAAAGGAAACAUACGUCAUAAGACAUGAUGAUGAUGAUGACGAAGACGGUGACGGAGACACUACUAAUAUUUUGGAUUGCAUAUUGGGCAUAACAGAAAAAUCUUUAAUCUUGCUGUCUUCGAAUCCAUAUCAACUGGUCAUAUACAAUUUCGAAGGUGUACUGCUACAAAAAAUUGAUUUGAAGAUUGAUGCGAUAUUAUCGUGUAAGCCGAUUGGGGAAAGGUGUCAUUUGUUUUUGAAUGAGAAAACUUCUAAACUAUUGAUCCAAUUAAACAAUGAAACAUUGUUGGUUUACUCUUUUGAUCAAAAAAAAAUCAUAUCAAAAGAAAAAUUGGCUCCAGCCUCAACAUUGCCAAUACAGAUCGACCUGAACGACAGCAUAAUCACCAUAUCCUAUGGUAAUGGAGACUUCGGAUUUAAAAAUUUAGAAAACCUGGAACCGUUGAUUGAUGAAGUUUUCAUAGCGAAUAUCAACUUGACAGAGAAAGAAGAAAAUGUAAUAUUCUCUUCAAAUCUAAUAGUGAGUUCUACUCCGGUGCUAAUUGCCAGGAAUAAAAAUAACGAAAUCCUCUUACACAAAAUAAAAAUCUAG